AUGAUUAUUGCCAUGAUCACUGCAUGCUAUAGCUCCAUCACUGCGCUGGUCCUGGCCCAAAACAACCUCUCAGAACCCUUCGCUAGUCCGUCUGGUAUUCGAGAAGGCUGUUUCCUGUCGUCCAUCCUAUCUAUAUAUACCAUUGACUGCAUUCUGAGGAAGGCUCUACGUGUAGAUGACGUUAUUGAACUUGCACCCGGACGCAAGUUGACUGAGCUCGUCUAUGCUGAUGAUAUCGCUUUACUAUUUGUCAAGUCAAUCUAUGGUGUCACGGUGGCCGACGUCGAUACGUUAAGCUGCUCCCUCGAGCCUUCCCUAUCCAUUCGACGGCUCUGUCCCACGGACUCACCAGCGAGGCUUACUUUUGGCCAAACAUUUGAUCUGAAGUUGAACGUUGCCGACACGAACAUAAACAUGCAUAACGCUUCUCUAAUAGUGGAGAAAGAGGCGUGCACAGACGUCGACAUUGCCCUCCUCAGUAGCCUCGGGAGUGAAGGUGGCGUGUCUAUGAACUCCAUAUGCUGGAAAUCGAUGGUGUCUGUUUCAUCGCCAGAAGAGAUGCGUCUGCAUGGACCACUGCCGGCGAGGAGCACGAAGGGCCCUAGAGCACCGAGGUAA